CGUCUGGCAGGUCUACCAGGAGAGUACCAAGAGAAGAAUAUCUCUAGUCCAGAGACAAACUACUGUCUCCUAUCAGACCUCAUAAUCUGGACUCAGUAUCAGAUACAACUGGCUGCCUACACUGCUGCAGGCCUGGGAGAGUAUAGUACUGCUGUUACUGAGUACACACUACAGGGAGUCCCCACAGCGCCCCCUCAGGCUGUAGAGGUAACAGCAGUCAGCUCCUCAGCGAUCAGAUUCACCUGGAACCCUCCGCCUCAGCAGUUCAUCAACGGGAUCAACCAGGGAUACAAGUUGCUAGUCUGGCCAGAGCACUCCCCGAGGCUGUAACCAUAGUGACCAUCACCCCGACUACCCCGGUUCCCGCCUCACCGGAUUGGUUGUUGGACUAAGGAAGUUCACCUGGUAUCUAGGCUCCACCCUCUGCUUCACCACACCCGGCGAUGGACCCAAGAGCCCUCCCAUACUAUUACAGACACACGAAGACACUCCAGGUCCGGUGGGUCACUUGAGCUUCACUGAGAUCCUGGACACGUCUCUGAGGGUGAGCUGGGCAGAGCCUAUAGACAAGAACGGCAUCAUCACAGGUUAUGUGAUAUUGUGGUGUGUUUCUGGGUCAGCAUCGGGGUCAGGGUCGGAGGGCAAUGCGUCAUGUGAGGAGCGAGCUCUCUCUAACUCUACCCUGCAAUACAAGGUCACCAGCUUGACCUCUAUGACAUCAUACGCCCUGGAGGUCGCCGCCAUGACAGCGGCAGGAAGAGGCGUGGCCACCACCUCCACCAUCUCCUCUGGAGUUCCACCAGAGCUUCCUGGUGUGCCCUCUAACCUGGUCAUCUCCAACAUCAGCCCUCGCUCCGCCACACUAAGGUUCCGCCCCGGCAGCAAUGGGAAAACGGUCAUCUCCAAAUGGAUCGUAGAAGGACAGGUGGUGAGAGAGAGGGGUGGAGAGAGGGAUGGGAAGGAGGAGGAGUGGAGAGUCGUGUAUGAGAGAGAGAACAGAGAGAAGCAGCCUGAUGUCGACUCAAUGGAAAUACCAGACCUCCUCCCCUUCACACUGUACAGGUUCCGAUUGCGCCAGGAGAACAUUGUGGGCUCCAGUCCCUCUAGCACCCCCUCCAGGAUGAUUCAGACACUGCAGUCGGCCCCCGACACACCCCCUAACAACCUCACCCUGGUUACAGCUACACAGACCAGCCUCACACUACGCUGGGCGCCGUUACCGGUUUCUGAGUAUAAUGGUAGUCCAGAGACGGUGGGUUACUGGGUGUGUGUCCGGCGGGCAGACGGCCGGGGAGAGGGAGAGGAUGGAGGAGGUGGCGGAGGUCAGAGGACAGGGGUCAGGGGCUAGUGGUCAGCAAAGCGAGACGAUGCUGGAGGGCCUGGCUGAAUGGACGGACUACCAGUUGAAGAUACAAGCCUUUAACUCCAUAGGAGACGGACCAUGGAGUAACACACUGACCACACACACCAAGGAGUCAGUGCCGUCUGGCUGUCCAGUGAAUGUGAGUGUGGAGGCGGUGAGUUCUACCAGGAUUUUGGUCACAUGGUCUCCUGUUCCCGAGAUGCAGAGAAACGGACCCAUCCUCGGUUACAAGGUAC